UGCCCGUCCGUAGCCCAUAGCCAUAGCCACGAGCUGCUCCCGGCUUCCUCCUACGCGAUACGAGAGUGUUCGUUCCUUCCCGACCUGCGGCGGCGAUCGAUUUCUAGGGCAAACUCCUCGCCCGGUCCGCGCGCUCGAGGCGAGAGGAGGGUUCGGCUGGCGAGAUGGCGGGGCGCAAGGAGACGGCGCUCGACCUGGCCAAGUUCGUCGACAAGGGCGUCCAGGUCAAGCUCACCGGCGGCCGCCAAGUUACAGGAACUUUGAAGGGAUAUGACCAGCUGCUGAACUUGGUGCUGGAUGAAGCAGUCGAGUCUGAAAGAGAGCAAGAUGACCCAUUGAAGCUGUCGACCAAGACCAGACAACUUGGUCUAAUUGUGUGCAGAGGCACUGCUGUCAUGCUCGUGUCACCAACUGAUGGAACCGACGAGAUUGCCAACCCCUUCCUCGCAGCGGAGGGGGCGUCAUAAGCUUUGUACCAGUCGAUUAGUUCAGAGCUGUGUUAAGCAUGUGCCAAAAGAGCUUCUGUUCUUUUGGAGAGAAAAAAAACUAAAUGUACGCGUGUUUGACAUGUGCUGAUGAACUUGUAAUUUGUAUUGAGCUACUUAAAACAUCCUUUCAGAGCAGCCAUGAUUGCAUUUA